GGGACUGGUGGUAGGUGGCUGUGACAUUUGCUGGUGUGAAAACUAAUGAAACCACACAGAUGUUAACAGUUCCAUUACAAACACUGAACCGGAAAUGUCUUCUAUUUUAACUGAAACCCUUAAUGUAAUGAUUAGUGUGUUUUCUGUUAGCGCGUUAGCAGCAGAAACAACGAGUGUUGUUUUACUUCAGUGUUUCAAGAGGAUGUUUGUGAAUGCUUCCGGUAGUUUUUGGAUUAGUUCUGUGGAUAGUUUUGCUUCUGUGGAGGAGUAACACCAAAACAGAAGUGAUGCCCGAGAAAGGAGAGGAAUCUCCUUCUGGCUGCAGUCCCUCUGCAGCACAGGACAACAUGCCUACUUCACACACCCCUCAGUCAAACGAACAUUCCCCGUCAGCUACUACCUCAAUGCACAGUGGAGCUCAUAGUCCGCCGACCUGCAGUGCCUCUGCCGGUCUGGAAGUUAAAACAGGGGAUAAUGACACUAUGCAGGCCUUGUCUGAGGUGACUUCAGCACAGCCAACAUUAAAACCAAGCGCACAGAAAUCAUCUGAAAAAACCAAUGUGCCAAGACUCAGCUCAGGGCCUGAGGCGAGGGAACGCCUCAAGUUCAUUCUCGGAGCAUCAGAGGAUAAUUCUUCAGACGAGGAGCCUCUGGUCACGAAACCUCCAAGUGGAGCACCUCAGCCAUCAACGUCCACAUCUAAAAAUACUUCACAGCAAGCGAUGUGUGCAGCACCGCAACCCAGCUCCUCAGGAAUUAAGCCGAGCAUGUCUGGUCCUCACUUGGUGAGAAAGGGACGUGAACACAGAAAAAUGGACCUAUCGAGGGACUUCACUGUGGCCUCCCCUGCUGAGUUUGUCACCCGUUUUGGUGGCAACCGUGUCAUAGAAAAAGUGCUAAUAGCAAACAACGGUAUAGCUGCAGUCAAAUGUAUGCGUUCAAUACGUCGAUGGUCCUAUGAGAUGUUUCGAAAUGAGAGGACAAUCCGCUUUGUCGUCAUGGUAACCCCUGAAGACUUGAAAGCUAAUGCAGAAUACAUCAAAAUGGCAGAUCAUUAUGUGCCUGUUCCCGGUGGACCCAACAAUAAUAACUAUGCCAAUGUAGAGCUCAUAGUGGACAUUGCAAAAAGAAUCCCAGUGCAGGCUGUGUGGGCCGGCUGGGGUCAUGCCUCAGAAAAUCCCAAGCUUCCUGAGCUGUUAAACAAAGCAGGCAUUUCAUUCUUAGGGCCAUCCAGUAAGGCCAUGUGGGCUCUUGGUGAUAAAGUGGCUUCGUCCAUUGUGGCCCAAAGUGCUGACAUUCCCACACUACCCUGGAGCGGAUCAGGUUUGAGAGUGUAUUGGGCAGAAGAAGACCAAAGACUUAGUAAUGUAAUCAGUGUUCCUCCAGAAAUCUAUACACAAGGCUGUGUUCAUGAUGUGAAUGAUGGGUUGACUGGAGCUGAGAAAAUUGGUUACCCAGUUAUUAUCAAAGCUUCUGAGGGCGGAGGUGGAAAAGGCAUCCGGAAAGUAGAAAGUGCUGAGGAUUUUCCAGGUUUCUUUAGACAGGUUCAGACGGAGGUACCUGGCUCACCUAUAUUUGUAAUGCAGCUGGCCCAACAUGCCAGACACCUUGAGGUCCAGAUACUAGCUGAUGAGUAUGGAAAUGCCAUCUCUCUGUUUGGACGUGAUUGCUCCAUCCAGAGAAGGCACCAGAAGAUCAUAGAGGAGGCUCCUGCAACCAUAGCUCCUCCCUCAACGUUAGAACAAAUGGAACGGUACGCUGUACGACUUGCCAAAAUGGUGGGCUACGUGAGUGCUGGAACUGUGGAAUACCUCUACUCUGAUGAUGGAAGCUUCCAUUUCCUGGAGCUGAAUCCUCGUCUGCAAGUGGAACAUCCAUGUACAGAGAUGAUCGGAGAUGUCAACCUGCCUGCUGCUCAGCUUCAGAUUGCAAUGGGCAUUCCUCUUUAUAGAAUUAAGGACAUUCGAUUGCUUUAUGGAGAAACUCCAUGGGGCGACUCCAUGAUUAACUUUGAGACUCCAGACUGCAUACCAAGUCCAAGAGGUCAUGUCAUAGCUGCUCGGAUCACCAGUGAGAACCCUGAUGAGGGAUUCAAGCCCAGUUCUGGGACUGUGCAGGAGCUGAACUUCCGCAGCAGUAAAAAUGUCUGGGGUUACUUCAGCGUUGGAGCAACCGGUGGACUGCAUGAAUUUGCAGAUUCCCAAUUUGGACACUGUUUCUCCUGGGGUGAAAACCGUGAAGAAGCUAUUUCGAACAUGGUGGUGGCCAUGAAGGAGCUGUCCAUCAGAGGUGACUUUAGGACAACUGUUGAGUACCUUAUUAAGUUACUGGAGACCGAAAGCUUUAGAAACAAUGACAUUGAUACUGGCUGGUUGGAUCAUCUCAUAGCGGAAAAAGUACAGGCAGAGAGACCAGAUACCAUGCUGGGUAUUGUCUGUGGUGCUCUGCAUGUGGCUGAUGCUAGUUUUAGAAAGAGCAUGUCUGACUUCCUACACUCACUGGAAAGAGGUCAAGUGUUACCUGCUGCCAGCCUCCUCAACUCUGUCAAUGUGGACCUUAUUUAUGAAGGAGUCAAGUACUGCCUUAAGGUGGCUCGACAAUCUCCGACAACUUACGUCAUCAUCAUGAAUGGCUCAGACAUUGAGAUCGACGUACACAGGUUGAGCGACGGUGGCCUCUUGCUGUCGUAUGAUGGUAGCAGCCAUACAACCUACAUGAAGGAGGAAGUGGACAGCUACCGCAUCACUGUAGGCAACAAGACCUGUGUGUUUGAGAAGGAGAAGGACCCCACAGUGCUGAGGUCACCCUCUGCCGGUAAACUAUUGCAGUAUUUGGUUGAGGAUGGAGGUCAUAUUUUUGCAGGAGAGACCUACGCAGAGAUUGAGGUGAUGAAGAUGGUGAUGACUCUGAUGGUGCAGGAAAGUGGUUGUAUUCACUUUGUCAAGAGACCUGGGGCAGUUCUUGAAACUGGCUGUGUGAUGGCUCAUAUGGACCUGGAUGACCCUAGUAGUAUACAUCGGGUGGAGCUUAACACAGCUGUGCUGCCACCCCAGCAGCCACUACCCAUCAUUGGUGAAAAGCUUCACCAGGUGUUUCACAGUGUGCUUGAAAACUUGGUUAAGGUGAUGGAUGGGUUCUGCCUCGAAGAGCCCUAUUUCGGCAGCAAACUGAAACAGUGGGUGGCCACCCUGAUGAAGACUCUAAGAGACCCCUCAUUGCCACUUAUGGAACUUCAGGAGAUCAUGACCAGUGUGGCAGGUCGCAUUCCCCCCGGUGUGGAAAAGGAUAUCCGUAAAGUCAUGGCCCAGUAUGCCAGCAAUAUCACCUCAGUCCUCUGCCAGUUUCCCAGCCAAAGGAUUGCUAAUAUUCUGGACAGCCACGCAGCCACUCUGCAGAGGAAAGCUGACAGAGAGGUUUUCUUUAUGAACACUCAGAGUAUUGUACAGUUGGUACAGAGGUACCGCAGUGGAAUCCGUGGUUACAUGAAGUCCGUUGUUCUUGAUCUUCUAAAGCGUUACCUGCAAGUAGAGAUGGAAUUCCAGCAAGCUCACUACGACAAAUGUGUUAUCAAUCUGAGAGAACAAAACAAGCCUGACAUGAGUUCAGUCCUGGACUACAUCUUCUCCCAUGCUCAGGUCUCCAAGAAGAACAUCCUGGUCACAAUGCUUAUAGACCAGCUUUGUGGGAGAGACCCGACCCUGGCAGAUGAACUCAUGGCCAUUUUGAAUGAGCUCACACAGCUUGGCAAGAUGGAAAAUUCUAAAGUAGCUUUAAGAGCAAGACAGGUCUUGAUAGCCUCCCAUUUACCAUCAUAUGAACUGAGACACAACCAGGUGGAGUCCAUCUUCUUAUCAGCUAUUGACAUGUACGGCCAUCAGUUUUGUCCGGAGAAUUUAAAGAAACUCAUUCUCUCAGAGACCUCCAUUUUUGAUGUCUUGCCGAAUUUCUUCUAUCACUCCAAUCAAGUUGUAUGCAUGGCCGCACUGGAGGUGUAUGUGCGCAGGGCUUACAUUGCAUAUGAACUAAACAGCAUCCAACAUCACCAGCUACAAGAUGGAACAUGUGCUGUAGAUUUCCAGUUUAUGCUUCCAUCAUCGCAUCCUAACAGAGGGAGCAGCCCUACUCUGAACAGGAUUCCAGUCCCGAUGAGUGGAUCAGGACACUUUAAAAUGAGGCGGCAGAGCAGUGAGCUCUUUCUGGAGGGAUCCCUGUCUCCUCCCUGCCAGCGAAUGGGGGCCAUGGUGGCUUUUCAGUGUUUUGAAGACUUCAAAAGGAACUUUGAUGAAGUUCUGUCCAGCUUUGCAGAACCACUCUUGGAGAAUGCAUCAUUCUUAGAGUCCUGCUCCAGUCUUUACGAGGAGGAAAACUUCAAGAACUCAAAGGAGAAUCCAAUCCACAUCAUUAAUGUGUCCAUAAAAUCAGCAGACACAGAAGAUGACGAUGCCUUGGUCACAGCCUUCACUGCCUUUGCUCAGUCAAAGAAAGCAGUCCUCUUUGAGUGUGGCAUCAGGAGGAUCACUUUUUUGAUAGCGCAGAAGAGAGAGUUUCCAAAGUUCUUCACUUUCAGAGCCAGAGAUGGGUUUCAGGAGGAUCGCAUUUACAGAAAUCUGGAGCCAGCUUUAGCAUUUCAGCUGGAGCUCAACCGUAUGAGGAAUUUUGACCUGACAGCCGUUCCCUGUGCCAACCACAAGAUGCAUCUCUAUCUGGGAGCUGCUCGUGUUCAGGAGGGAGCUGAGGUCACUGACUACCGCUUCUUCAUUCGAGCUAUUAUACGCCACUCAGACCUCAUUACAAAGGAAGCGUCAUUUGAAUACCUUCAAAAUGAAGGAGAACGUCUUCUGCUGGAGGCCAUGGAUGAGCUGGAGGUGGCCUUCAGUAACACCAGCGUGCGCACAGACUGCAACCACAUCUUCCUCAACUUUGUUCCCACAGUCAUCAUGGACCCUUCUAAGAUAGAAGAAUCUGUCCGCUCCAUGGUGAUGCGCUAUGGCAGCCGUCUGUGGAAACUGCGAGUCCUGCAAGCUGAGCUCAAGAUCAACAUCCGUUUGACACCCACUGGGAACGCCGUCCCUAUUCGUCUCUUUCUCACCAACGAGUCUGGCUACUACUUAGACAUCAGCCUGUAUAAAGAAGUCACUGACCCAAGUUCUGGACAGAUUAUGUUCCAGUCAUAUGGGGACAAACAAGGUCCACUGCAUGGCAUGCUGAUCAACACACCCUAUGUGACCAAAGAUCUGCUGCAGGCCAAGCGCUUCCAAGCCCAAACUCUGGGCACUACAUACGUCUAUGAUUUCCCUGAGAUGUUCAGACAGGCUCUGUUCAAGUUGUGGGGUCCAGGGGAAAAAUAUCCUAAAGAGGUUCUGCAGUGCACUGAGCUGGUUCUGGACCAACAUGGUCGACUGGUGCAGAUGAACCGCCUGCCUGGAGACAAUGAUGUGGGAAUGGUUGCAUUCAGAAUGAAGAUGAAAACACCAGAGUACCCAGAAGGUCGAGACAUCAUUGUGAUCUGUAACGACAUCACCCACAUGAUCGGUUCAUUUGGUCCUCAAGAGGAUGAACUGUUCCUCAGAGCGUCUGAGCUGGCUCGAACAGAAGGCAUCCCCCGUAUUUACAUUGCAGCCAAUAGUGGAGCACGCAUCGGCCUCGCUGAAGAGAUCAAACAUAUGUUCCAGAUAGCCUGGAUUGACCCUGCUGACCCCUACAAGGGGUUCAAGUACCUUUACCUGACACCACAGGACUAUACACGUAUCAGCUCCAAUAAUGCUGUGCAUUGUCACCAUGUAGAGGAAGGUGGAGAGUCCAGAUACAUCAUCACAGAUAUCAUAGGAAAGGAUGAAGGUCUUGGGGUUGAGAACUUGAGAGGUUCUGGCACCAUUGCUGGAGAGUCAUCUCAGGCCUAUGAGGAGAUUAUUACCAUCAGUAUGGUGACAUGUCGUGCCAUUGGAAUCGGAGCCUAUUUGGUCCGUUUGGGACAGAGAGUGAUCCAGGUGGAGAACUCUCACAUUAUUCUGACUGGAGCUGGUGCUCUGAACAAGGUCUUGGGCAGAGAAGUCUACACAUCCAACAACCAGCUGGGUGGCAUCCAGAUCAUGCACAACAACGGAGUCACACACACAACUGUGCCAGAUGACUUUGAAGGCGUCUUCACCAUCCUCCAGUGGCUCUCCUAUAUGCCAAAGAACAAAUACUCUCCUGUACCUGUCAUACCAAUCACAGAUCCAGUAGACAGAGAGAUUGAAUUCACCCCGACAAAAGCACCAUAUGACCCUCGCUGGAUGUUGGCUGGGAGGCCCAGUCCCACUGUGAAAGGUACCUGGCAGAGUGGAUUUUUUGACCACGGCUCCUUCAUGGAGAUCAUGGGUUCUUGGGCUCAGACAGUGGUAGCAGGUAGAGCACGAUUGGGAGGAAUCCCUCUCGGUGUCAUUGCAGUGGAAACACGCUCAGUUGAGCUCACCAUCCCAGCAGAUCCAGCAAACCUGGAUUCAGAGUCUAAAGUUUUGCAGCAGGCUGGACAGGUUUGGUUUCCAGACUCUGCCUUUAAAACAGCUCAGGCAAUUAGUGAUUUCAACCGUGAACGUCUGCCUCUCAUGGUGUUUGCAAACUGGAGGGGCUUCUCUGGGGGAAUGAAGGAUAUGUAUGAUCAGGUAUUGAAGUUUGGCGCCUACAUUGUUGAUGCUCUACGCAGUUUCCGUCAGCCGGUUCUAGUGUACAUCCCACCACAUGCUGAGCUCAGAGGAGGGUCAUGGGUGGUCAUCGAUCCCACCAUUAACCCUCUGUGUAUGGAGCUCUAUGCAGACAGGGAGAGCAGAGGUGGCGUACUAGAGGCUGAGGGCACAGUUGAGAUCAAAUUCAGAAGGAAAGACUUGCUGAAGGCAAUGAGAAGACUAGACUCAGUUUAUGCUAGUUUGGCUGAGCAGCUUGCUUCCCCAGAGCUUUCUGAAAAGCAGUGCAGAGAGCUGGAGGCAAAGCUCAAAGCAAGAGAGGAAUUCCUGAUGCCCAUCUACCACCAGGUGGCAGUGCAGUUUGUAGACCUUCAUGAUACUCCGGGCAGAAUGCAGGAGAAGGGGGCCAUCACUGAUAUUUUGGAUUGGAAGAAUGUGCGGACUUUCUUCUACUGGCGCUUGCGCCGCCUCCUUUUGGAGCAGGUGGUGAAGUGUGAGAUUCUGCAGGCGAACAAGGAUCUCAGUGACGGACACAUGCACUCCAUGCUGCGUCGCUGGUUUGUUGAGACUGAGGGAACAGUCAAGGCCUACCUCUGGGAUAAUAACCAAGAAGUAGUCGAGUGGCUUGAAAAGCAUUUGUCCAAGGAGGAGGGCACUCGAUCAGCCAUCCGAGAGAACAUCAAGUACCUAAAGAGGGAAAACACUAUGAAACAUAUUCGCAGUUUGGUGCAGGCCAACCCUGAUGUAGCGAUGGACUGCAUCAUCCACAUGAGCCAAAAUAUCAGUCCGUCCCAGAGGGCAAAGCUCUCUCAUCUACUGGCGACUAUGGACAGCACUAGCACCAGUUAAACUGAGAGAAUUUUCCUGUUAUAUUAUUUAAAAGAACAAAUAAACUACUGAUUGUCCUGAUGAAAUGUAAUUUAAAAAGCACAUUAGUAUUAAUGGGUGAAUAUUAGGAUUGGGGCAGUUUUUUGUAAUAACAGUGACAUAGAUUGAAUUAUUUCACACAAUUCCCAAAACCACUUCAGUGUUCAGUCUAUCCUAAACUUUAAUAUUUUUUGAUGUAGCAUAACCUACACCUACACUAACCUACACAGAGUUUAUUUUCUACUUUUGUAAGUCACAUCUUUUCAGCUGCUCACCCCACAAACCUGCUUUAAGGGUCACACUUUAUCACUUUAAUGCACAUUUCACUCCUUGUAUUCAUAUAUAAUGGUGCUUCUUUUUGAGGCUGAAAUUUUACAGCCUUCAUAAAGUGUGGUAUUUCACAGAAAACUGAAUUUGCACCCAUCUUUGAAUGUAGUCUACACAAACUUCAGCUCAGACAAUUGAUCAAUUCUUUGAUCACUCAUAAGAUGAAAAUGAAAAUUUAAUAGUGUAUAUUUCAGCAUUUCUGGGCCAGUCAGGUGAUUCAACUAAAUUUUCAGUUUAAGAGCUACUGAGUGUUUUUUUUUUUUUUUUUUUUUUUUAAGAGUUUAGUAUUACAGAAGUGCAGAUGCUGUUUUUUUUUCUAACAGUAUAAUGAGGGCAGGUAUGUUUGUCAUUUCACUGUCCACUUAUUUCAAUGUACCCUCUGGUUGUUUAUCUGUGUUGUAGUGUUUUUUUCAUUCAGCCAGUGGGAAGAAUAAUAGAUGGUACUGUGACACUGUAUGUGAUAUGUCUGAACAUUUGUUUUAAAUUUGUCUUUCUUUGACAUAGACUAAUUUUUUGUUAAACUCAGGUUUUGUUAAAAGGCAGAUAUUUGCUAUUGUGGCUUGAUUUGCCUGAUCUUAUAAAAGUACUAUAAAUAUUAGCCAUUACAUUUCAUGAGAAUGUAUGGUAACACCACUGUGCCUGUAUUCUGCUAAGGGCUCUUUAUUAAUAAAUAAAUAUCAUUGAUAUA